AUGAAUAGGGAAGCCGACUACGUUAAUUUGUAUUGGAAGCAUCCUAAUUCAUUUGUAUAUCCCUUUGACCUGGUGUUUCUGAUCUACAAGAAAAUCAAGAAACGCAACGAGCGGAAACGCCUAUAUUCUGCAGCGUCAAAUAUACCAGAAAAUGGAAUUGAACUAGACGCAACAGGAAAUAUUCCACAGCCUGAUGAGCGAAAGAAAAAGAAGACACUCACCUCCGAACAAGCUGCAGAGAAACGACGAAAAAUUGUCUACCGAUGGAAGAUCAUCCUGGGAUUAUUCAGUCCAUACUGUCUCCAAGCCCUGGAUACAACGAUCAUAGCCUCAGCUCUACCCUUUAUCGCAGAAGAUUUCAAUCAAAUCAAACAACUAAACUGGAUCAUCUCCGUCUUCAACCUCACAUCCGCCGCCUUCCUCUUCUUCUGGGCCCAACUAACCGACCUCUUCGGCCGCCACAUCGUCCUCCAAUCCGCAAUAUUCAUAAUGAUGAUCGGCUCCGCAAUCUGCACAGGCUCCCCAACAUCGGCAUUCAGCGUCCUCCUUGUCGGUCGCGCCCUCCAAGGCGUCGGUGCCGCAGGCGUAAACAUUUCCAUCCGUACAAUCCUCGCAGACCGCGUCUCCCUCUCGGAAUACGCGGUCAACUGGACCAUCUUCGCCCUCAUCUCUGGUAUCGGGUUUAGCAUUGGCCCCAUCAUCGGCGGGUAUCUGACGCAGGCUUCAUGGCGCUGGUGUUUUGCGAUCAACCUGCCCAUUGCUGUUGUAGCAAUGGUUGUCGUGGCUCUUGUUCUGAGGACUGAGCUACAGGGUCCGCAGCCUGUCCCUGAACUCGAAGAGAGAGGUAUCUCGACUCAGUCUGGACGGUUCUUCGCGAGAAUCUCGACUAUCGACUACGGUGGUCAGAUGCUCUUCCUUUGGGGAUUUGGUCUUCUUAUUCUUGCUUUGACAUGGGCCGGCGGUACCUAUUCCUGGAAAUCAGCCGCUGUUCUAGCGCCGAUGGUUAUCGGCGGGAUUCUAGUCAUUGCUUGGGUCGUCUAUGAGCGCUGUAUGUUGCCUGGCUCAGUGAUGGCACGGGCUCUUCCGCAUCAGAAGGCAAUGAUGUCGUGGGAAUUACUGAGACAGCGCGAUAUCGGCUUACUCUUUUUAAUCAAUUUCUCGGUCGGGAUAUGCAUGUUUGCUGUUAUGUACUUCAUGGAUAUAUACUUUACGCUUGUGGAAGGGAGGAGCUCUAGUGAUGCCGGUGUCGCACUGCUAUUUUUCCUUCCCGGUUUAGCCGCCGGACUUUACAUGGCGAUGUUCUCAUUAAACGUCUGGCCCCGCCAAACCUUCCCUGCUCUUUUCCUGGGCAGCGUAACGUCGGCAGUAGGGAUGACCGUGCUGGCGUGGGGAGUCCAGGCGGGAGAAACAAGUGUCAUCUAUGGCAUGAUGGCGCUAGUUGGACACGGAGUCGGGAUGCGAAUGAACCCGGCGUCUAUGCACGGGCUGGCGUAUUUCCCUGCAAUGACGGCACAGAUCUCGUGUCUUGCUGUAUUUGCUGUUCCGUUUGGAGGUCUGCUGGGGUUGACUAUUAUGUCAACGGUGUUUACGAAUAAGAGUGGGGCUGGGGAGGACGAUGCUAAGGGUGGUAUUAUGUGGGCUUUCAUUGCUAUGAUGCCGUUUAUGUGGCUGUCUGUUUUGCUUACUACGUUCCUUGGGAAUGUGUGGAUUUUGAAGGAGGGUGGUCAUGAGGUUGUUAAUAGGUCUUAUCUUUGGAGUUUGAUAUUCAGGAAAGAUAAUGUGAGGGAGCGGAGGGAUCGUGGGGAGGUGGGGGAUUCUGGGACUGGGGAUGCUGGGGUGACUGUUUAG